GCUGGGAAGAGCGUGUUCCUCGGGAAUAUUCCGUACAGUCAAAGAUAUCUGAGCUCUGCCGGCACGCCAAAAGGAUAUGGAUUUGCCGACUUUGCCGAUGCCGACGCGGCGGCCUCCGCAGUGCGCAAUUUGAACGAUUACGAGAUCAUGGGCCGCAAAAUACGCGUGGAUUGGCCGCACAACAACGAGAAGGACUCUGUCCCGCCGGACUACUCUCAGCCCGCGCCGAACGUGCAGCUCCAGGGCCAAGACGGUCAAUCAGGCGCGCAGCAGCAAUCUGCGCCGCUGCCUCCCUGCCACCCGGCGUGGAAUUGCCCCGCAUCUGGACUGCCCGAACGCCAUCUCCCAAACACUCUCCUCGCUCGCCCCAACCAGCUUCUCGAUGUCCUCUCCCAGAUGAAGUCCCUGUCGAUGGCGGACCCGGUUCGAGCCGCAGAGCUUCUGCGCCAGGCGCCUCAACUAUCAUACGCGAUGUUCCAGGCUAUGCUCCUAAUGAACCUCGUCGACUACAGCACGCUCGGCUCAGUGGUGGAACAAGCGGCGCAACCAGCAGCGGCAGCCCCUCCUCCGGCUGCGCAGCCCUUCCAGCCCUUCUCGGCCGUUCCGGGCCAGGUCUCCACCCCCCCAAUGGUCGGCACGCCUUUUGCCGCACCGGCGGCAGCCCCUGCAGCUCCAUCGAUGCCCGGGCAAGAAGAGCUCCUGCAGCAGGUACUUAGCAUGCCGCAGGCGGCGAUCGAUGCGCUCCCGCCAAUGGAGCGGAGUCAGAUCAUGGUGCUGCGGCAGCAGCUGAUGCAGGGUGCCAUGCGAUAGUAAUGUCGAUUUGAUGAUAUGAUUGCGAUGUCGGUACGGGGUGUUGUCAUACUAAUCACUUUGUUCAUACUCAUCUUGCUUGAUUCUAUCUUUUUUGUUAUUUCAUGGGAUGGCGUUUUGGAGGCCUGAUUUAUUUCGCGGCUUGAAUGUAUACCUAGCAUGGAUAUCUGGCACAUGUUCUCAAAUUGAUUUGACA